GUAAAAUCAAAACGAGUUGAAUGAAUGUAUUUUGAGAUGUUUGUGUCUUUUCUGCGUUGGGCUUUGUGAGAAGAGCUUUCUAUGCACUGGUUCAGAGCUGGACAAUUCUAGUGUUUUGUAAAAGAUGCUGAGAUCCUGUCCUUUCUACAUUCAUUCCUUUCUAUUUCUGGGUUUGCAAUUUUGUGUGCAGGCUUCUCUGCCUUGGACCUCUUUUGACCCACACGUGCUCAUCUGUGAGUUGAGGCCCUGACUCCCUUCCCCCUGAGGAUUUUUGGGGAACAGAGGAAGAGGCGGAUCUCUCUGAAGAUGAACUCAACAGACCACCUUCAGGAUGCUCCCAAUGGCACCUCACUUCACGUACCUCACUCACAAGGAGAAAACCGCACCUCUCUCCAGGAGGACCUCCAGGGUCUCAUCCACAUGGCCACCCUGGUAACCUGCACCCUCCUACUCGUGAUCAUCUUCUGCCUGGGCUCUUACGGCAACUUCAUUGUCUUCUUGUCCUUCUUUGACCCAGCUUUCAGGAAAUUCAGAACCAACUUUGAUGUCAUGAUCCUGAACCUGUCCUUCUGUGACCUCUUCAUUUGUGGCGUGACAGCCCCCAUGUUCGUCUUUGUGUUGUUCUCCAGCUCAGCCAGCGGUAUUCCGGAUACUUUGUGCUUCACCUUCCACCUCACCAGUUCUGGCUUCAUCAUCAUGUCUCUCAAGACAGUGGCAGUGAUUGCCCUGCACCGGCUCCGCAUGGUGCUAGGGAAGCAGCCCAAUCGCACGGCCUCCUUUCCCUGCACCUUGCUCCUCACUCUGCUUCUGUGGGUCACCAGUUUCACCCUUGCCACACUGGCGAGCCUGAAAACCAGCAAGUCCCACCUCUGCCUUCCCAUGUCCAGUUUGACUGCUGGAGAAGGGAAAGCCUUUCUGUCUCUGUAUGUGGUUGACUUCACCUUCUGCGUUACUGUGGUCUCUGGGUCUUACAUCAUGAUUGCUCAGACCCUGCGGAGGAAUGCUCAAGUCAGAAAGUGCCCUCCUGUAAUCACUGUAGAUACUUCCAGACCACAGCCUUUCAUGGGGGCCCCUGUGAAGGGAGGCGGAGAUCCCAUCCAGUGUACCAUGCCAGCUCUGUACAGGAACCAGAAUUACAACAAACUGCAGCACGUUCCGACCCAUGGAUACACCAAGAGCCCCAACCAGCUGCCAACCCCUGCAGCCAGCCGGCUCCAGCUGGUAUCAGCUGUCAAUCUCUCCACUGCCAAGGAUUCCAAAGCGGUGGUCACCUGUGUGAUCAUCGUGCUGUCAGUCCUGGUGUGCUGUCUUCCACUGGGGAUUUCCUUGGUGCAGGCAGUUCUUUCCAACAAUGGGAGCUUCAUCCUUUACCAGUUUGAACUGUUUGGAUUUACCCUUAUAUUUUUCAAGUCGGGAUUAAACCCUUUUAUAUAUUCUCGGAACAGUGCGGGGCUGAGAAGGAAAGUGUUCUGGUGCCUCCAGUACAUAAGCUUGGGCUUUUUCUGCUGCAAACAGAAGACCCGACUUCGAGCCAUGGGGAAAGGGAACCUUGAAGUCAACAGAAAUAAAUCCUCUCAUCAUGAAACAAACUCUGCCUAUAUGUUGUCUCCAAAGCCACAGAAGAAAUUCGUGGACCAGGCUUGUGGCCCAAGUCAUUCCAAAGAAAGUGUGGUAAGUCCUAAGAUGUCUGCAGGACAUCAACACUAUGGGCAGAGCAGCUCAACCCCCAUCAACACGCGGAUUGAACCGUACUACAGCAUCUACAACAGCAGCCCCUCCCAAGAAGAGAGCGUCCCCUGUAACUUACAGCCAGUCAACACCUUUGGAUUUGCCCAUUCGUACGUUGCCAUGCAUUAUCACACCACCAAUGAUUUAAUGCAUGAAUAUGACAGCACUUCAGCCAAGCACAUCCCAGUGCCCUCCGUUUAAAGUCCCAGAGACUAGAGAAUCUAAUCUCAUCUACUGGUUUUGACUCUUUUUUUACUUUUGGCAGAUGAGUGGUCGAUCAAAACUUCAGGAUGAAGCUAAACCACUGUCUGUAGUAUCAACAUCUAUCAAUUUGCUUUGUAGUCCUUCGAGAUUUUCAGAUUUGGCGUAAAAGUUUAUUUUUUAGAUUUUUACCUCAACCUUUGUCCCUGUCUUUUGUACUGAACCUUUAAAUAGAUGUCAGGAAUGAUCGUGCUACUAUGUUAAAGUAGAAAGAUGAACUGAUUAUGAUCAUGUGAGUCAGUGUUAUGGGUCUUCGAAGUAUACAUCAGCUGGAUUUUUAAAAGAUUGCAAUGAAUGAUCUUUGGUGGAAGUGUCAUUUUACUAGUGGAAUUUCAAAUUUUGAUUCUUUGAAGUGUUGAAAUAGGAAACAAUACACUUUUUUGGGGGAGGUGGCAGUCUGGUUUGAAUAAUACAUUGUUAAAGCAGAAAAUAAAAAAUACUUUAUAACUCUACCCUUCCCCAGAAUACUCACAGAUAUUACGCACUUCCCUCUCCUAAGACAGUCAACUGAGAAUAUGAUUAUUGCCGUUUCUUAUUACAGGUAUUAUCGUUUUGUGUCAGUUGAGUAGUCAUGAAGUUCUUAAAAAGAGAAGGAUUUUUUUCCGUGUUAAAAAUGAAUUGUUCUGUUUUGGAAUGAUCUUAUCCAAGAGUCCCAGUGAAGAGGAUCAUCAAUAAUAAUAGAAAAAAAAAAAACCGGGAAACCAGUUGCCGUCAGGUUGACUCCACCUCAUGCCAACCCCACGUGUGUCCGAGGAGAACUGUACUCCACGGGGUUUUCAAUGUCUGAAUAUUUUUGGA